AUGAGUUCAAAUAUAAGAGAAACACAAACAAAGACAAAAUUCAAAAUAUCAUCGUUGGAAGAGACCUUAAAUCAAUUUAUAUUGACAACACAAAACAAAUUCUUGGAUAUGAAAAUGUUGCAGAAUUCAUUGAAACAAAAUCAUGAGGAACCGCAUCAUUCCCCCGCUCCCAGCAAACAGAAACCCAUAGUUGAACAAAGCAAAAAUCAUGUUGAGGAACCAAAAUCCACACCUAUAGAAGAUGAGGUUUCUGAUGAGACUCUUAAGAAGUGGGAAACACUUGAUAAAUUAAUUGAUAAAGAUUCACCUUUUCAGAGAACAAAAAAUCAAAUCAUCAAUGAACCAAAUCCUCCUUUACCGGAUUACAUUAAACCACCAUAUCCAUCAAAUAAGAAGAAGCCAAAGAGAGAAAUAGAGGUAGGGCAGUUUAAGAAAUUCAUGGAGAUGCUCACAACUUUACAAGUCAAUAUUCCAUUUUGUGAUGCUUUGGAGAAAAUGUCGGUGUAUGCUAAAUUCGUGAAAGGACUCUUGGAUGGUAAACACAAAUGGAAAGAUGAUGAAAAGGUAGUGUUAGCAAAAGAAUGUAGUGCUAUCAUUCAGUGCAAGCUCCCACCUAAAUUAACGAACCCAGGUAGUUUUAUGAUCCAUUUCUCUAUAGGUUCAUUAAAAAUUGGCCAGACACUUUGUGAUUUAGGAGCUAGCAUAAAUUUGAUGUCGUUAUUUAUGAUGAGAAAGUUGAAUUAUGGGGAGCCGAAACCUACGAAAAUGACUUUGACUUUAGCCGACCGGUCUAUCACUUAUCCUUAUGGAGUCUUGGAAGACGUGUUGGUAAAGGUUGAUGAUUUAAUUUUCCCACAGAUUUUGUCAUUUUGGAUAUGCUGGAAGAUUUCGAAACACCAUUAUUAUUGGGGAGACCGUUCAUCGCUAGGGCAUAACGUUGAUUGA